AUGCAAACGGUGAGGGAACUUAUUAUUUGCGCUAAUCCCUGUCAAAGAAGACGCGCGCUGUUUUAUCUAUUUUUGAUUCGGCUUCUCUGGGAAAUGGCUCCUGAAGACGCACGACCGUCUGCAAAAGUUGCUUCCUUUUCCUUGAAACCUCCGGCGAUUGUACUAACUUCAACCGAAAUUAGAUCGUACCAAUCGCUGAUAGCACCGCUUAACUACCACUGCACUUAUCGUAGCGAACUCUGCUGGCCGCUCAUCUAUAUAGGCUGCGAGAUAUGUGGAGUAAACGGUGUUUGCUCCGUCUGCUUCGCCGUCAGACUGUCCUACGACAGCAAGAGGAGUGUCGUAAAUGUUUGUGCAACGUUUUAUUUUUCGACAGCUUCUAAGAGGGUACAGUGGCAAGAAACGUUCUUCAAAACCUCAAUAUAUUAUCGAGCAGCAUGGAAUGCAUUAAAAAAGCAACGAAAUAAAGAUUUCAUACUACGUAACAAGAUCUGUAUUAGUAUGCAUGUGGACGGUUUUCUCAAUAUUUUACUUUCUAACAAUACCAUUUCAUGGGUGAGCAGUUGCUUAGUAGAUUAA